AAAGGUUAGCGGAAGUGCAGUUCUUUCCUUUCUGCUCUAGGCCCGAGCGACUGCUGUCGUGGAUCCUGUCCUGUGAACAGGGCUCGCGGAGGCCUGGGCCAAGACGACAGAAAGCGCAGCCUGAAGUUCCGGCCCCGCACGCAGCUGGACUUAAGGAUUUCUGAGCGGCCCUUUGUUCCUCUCUGCAGAAAUGGGCAAGUUUAUGAAACCCGGGAAGGUGGUGUUGGUCCUGGCGGGACGCUACUCCGGACGCAAAGCGGUCAUCGUAAAGAACAUUGAUGAUGGCACAUCAGACCGCCCUUACAGUCAUGCUCUGGUGGCUGGAAUUGACCGCUAUCCCCGCAAAGUGACAGCUGCCAUGGGCAAGAAGAAAAUCGCCAAGAGGUCUAAGAUCAAGUCUUUUGUGAAAGUGUAUAACUACAAUCACCUCAUGCCCACAAGGUACUCUGUGGAUAUCCCCCUGGACAAAACUGUCGUCAACAAGGACAUCUUCAGAGACCCUGCUCUGAAACGCAAGGCCCGACGGGAGGCCAAGGUCAAGUUCGAAGAGAGGUACAAGACCGGCAAGAACAAAUGGUUCUUCCAGAAGCUGCGGUUUUAGAUCUUUUUGUUUGUUUGUUUCAGUCAUUAAAAGUUAAAAAAAAAAA